AUGGAUCAAGAUCAAGUAGAAAAGAUGAUUUCCGAACAGCCCGCUUGUUCCGAAAAACUCCUGGACACUACGCGUUUAAGCCUAAAUCAGCCGCUCUUGAGUGCAAAAGAAAAUUUCGACCACAAUUACCGAUUUGGUCAUGUCUUGGGUGAAGGUGAUUUUGAACAAGACAAUCAGACUUUACCCGAGCACUUGGCCAAGAAAUUUUUCCGACAAGUAGUCGAAGCCGUUGUCCAGUGCCAUCGGGUUGGAGUAAUUCACCGCGACAUCAUGGUCGAAAACAUAUUGGCGCCCACGUCAAAAAUACCUUCUAAUACGGAUUUUAAUGGAACGCACGUUUACUCUCCACCCGAAUGGAUCGUUCACGGAAAAUACAUGGGCGAACCAGCCACAGUUUGGUCUUUUGGCAACUUGUUGUAUGUGAUGAUCUUUGGAGAUAUUCUCUUCGAGGAGGAGGACGAAAUCGUCAACGCUGUUCUGAACUUCCCACCUGGCAACCAAUUGGCCUCUCAGCAAUGUCGUGAUCAGAUACAAACUCUCCUCGAACCCAAUCUCUCCAAACGGCAAAGUCUAGAGCAAAUUUGGUCUCAUACAUCAUGGUUAUGUCUAUGUUGA